AUGAUGUCAACAAACAUAAGCCAAAGCUCAUUUCCCCUACUGCAAGCUAAUUCUAUGGAUAGACACAUUACUUCAAACUUCCAAAUUCCUGCAGGUUCAUUUGGAAUGUUUACAAUCAAUGCUUUAACAAUAUGGAUUGCUAUCUACGAUCGUGUGCUCCUUCCCUUGGCAUCAAAACUCAGAGGAAAACCUGUGCGGCUUAGCACAAAAGAAAUAAUGGGAAUUGGGCUAUUUUUUUCUUGCAUGGCCAUGGUAGUUUCAGGACUUGUUGAGCAUAUUGGCCGGAGAAGAGCAAUUCAUGAAGGAUUUUUGAAUAAUCCUCAUGGACUAGUGGGUAUGUCGGCUAUGUGGCUCGUACCGCAACAUUGCUUGAGUGGUCUAGCUGAAGCUUUUAAUGCGAUAGGCCAGACAGAAUUCUACUAUUCGGAGUUUCCCAAGAGUAUGUCCAGCAUUGCUUCAUCUCUUUUCGGAUUGGGAAUGGCUGUGGCAAAUCUGUUGGCCAGUGUCAUACUGAGCACUGUGGAUAAUGCUACAAAUAGAGGAGGAAAGGAGAGUUGGGUUUCUAUUAACAUUAACAGGGGUCAUUAUGAAAAUUACUAUUGGCUUCUUGCCAUAAUAAGCUUCAUUAAUUUAGGGUAUUUCCUUCUCUGCAGCUGGGCCUACGGACCUUGUGUUGAACAAGGCACAAAGGUUGAGGAUGAGGGAAGCAGCCCAUAGCUUGCCACCUUCUCAAAUGCUU